UCACCUCUCUAUUUGUCUGUGUUUCAGGGAUGGACUGUCCUAUUGUCCUCACCAGACUAAAACUUCCUGUCUCUGGAAGUCCAAGGAUGUCAAUGACACGUACAGGACUGGCCUGAUCUACUACAUGGAGGUUGUCGUGACAACUGGAGACAAGGCAGAUGAAGCUGUGCUUGAGAUUCAGAACUUUACCAUCAGCACAGACAAGCUUGUGAAGCCUGCGCCUGUGGACAGCCUGACGGUGGUAACCAGGAACCGGACCUGUCUGUCUCUCCAGUGGGAACACAACAAGUCCUACAGGAACAUGCUGUACACACUGCAUGUGAAGCAGGGCUCCCACCUACAGAUUUACAACUACACCAACACUACUAGUGCCACAACCUGUGGACUGCAUCCAGGCUUGCUGUAUACUCUGGAGGUGGCAUGUGUCCCCAUUCCCUAUGGUUACAGGGAGCCUCAUGGCUUCUACAGUCAAGGGAUAUCUGUUCAUGACAGGACUCUGGAAGAUGGUGAGUCAGACACUGUACAACUAUAGUCUAGAGAGCUUCCCACAUAACACUGUACAACUGUAGU